GUCACGCGGGACAGGGACUAGACGACAAUUUUCCAUCUGGUUGUCCAAGCGCGUUGCCGGUGCCCGCAAGUCAACGGUCUUGGUCAUGGGUAAAAUGCGAUCUAUAAUGUUGUCUAAUAAUGUCUGUAGCCCUCCUGUGCCCUCUGCAAGAGAACGAGAGAGAGAGAGAGAGAGAGAAUUGGUCCGUGGCGUUUCUAAUAAUUCUCCCAGUUAUGGCUUCUGAAGGUGUGGCUGCUGGAAGGAAGAGAAAAAGAGAGGGAUCACCUUCAAACUCAUCGUCGUCGGGAAUCAUUCAUGAAGUAUUCUUAAGUUUUAGAGGUCCUGAUACUCGCAAAGGAUUCACGGAUCACCUUUAUAGCAGAUUGGUAGAUGCAGGGAUCCGGGUCUUUAGAGAUGACGAAGAUCUCGCUGCCGGAAAAGAGAUCAAGCCGGAGCUAAAAAUAGCGAUCAAGCAGUCAACGAUCUCCAUAGCCAUCCUCUCCAAAACUUAUGCUGCCAGUGAACAUUGCCUCAUGGAGCUGCAACAAAUGUGGAAGUGUAGACAAUCAGAUGGACAGAUUCUUCUCCCUAUUUUCUAUGACGUAAGUCCCUCCGAUUUAAAAGAUCCGCUUGGACAUUUUGGAAGGUCCUUAAAUAAACAUAAGAAGGACAAAGUCGACGCAAAAAUCAUCGAAACAUGGAGGGAGGUUCUUGCAAAGAUCAAGAAAUUAAGGGGAGAUGAGCGGAAGAACGUAAAGGACGGGUAUGAGUCCGAACUCGUAAAUGUAGUUCUUGGUCGUGUCAGGGAGGAGUUGAAGAAGGAUGACCAAGAUUUACCCGACAAACUAGUUGGACUUGAUCGUCAUGUUCAAAAAAUGAUGAGAAAGCUUGGUGUUGUCUACAGAGAUGGACGAGCGAACAGAGUAUGUGGAAGUGACGUACGUGUCGUCGGAAUAUGUGGUGUGCGAGGUGUCGGGAAGACUGCACUUGCAAAGGUUGUCUACAACAAAAUGCGUUCGUUGUUUCAAAAAUGUAGCUUCCUCGAAGAUAUGAAGGCGGAAGAAGUCAAGUCUUUGCAAGAAAGGUUAAUUGCUACCCUUCAAAAAAGAAGACGUGAACCACUUGAUUCUUGUAGUGCUGGAAUUAAGACUAUCGAAAAUUCAUUUAGUAAUACGAAGGUUCUCAUUGUCCUUGAUGACGUGUGUGAGGAUCAACAAAUCAAAAGGUUAGUUGGGAAGCUCACUUGGUUUGGUCCAGGAAGUAGAAUCAUUGUGACCACGGACAAUGAAAAAGUUUUAAAUGGUUACGAUGAAGCAGUUGAAAAAUACGACGUUCAACCAAUGGAACUCCACCAUGCGCUUCAACUCUUUCGUCGAUAUGCUUUUCUAGGGGAGGCUCCCCAAGACUACGAGUACGAUUCCCUGUCCAUAGACAUCGUCAAAGCUAUUGGAGGGCUUCCUAUGGCUAUUAUACAUCAGGCUUCAAAUUUAAGCAAGAAAAGGAACGACAAAGGAACAUGGAGAUAUACUUCAGACCAUUUAAAAAACCGCCUACCAGAGGAUAUUUCACCCUGCUUUAUGGACAGUUACGAAUCUUUACAUCCCCAUUUACAAUGGAUGUUUCUCGACAUAGCAUGCUUUUUUAUUGAUAAAGAUGAGAGGAUUCCCCCUUACAUGUGGAAGGCUUGUGAUUACUAUAGUCCAUUGGGAAUGGAUUCCCUUCGCAAGUUGCAUUGGUUGGAAAAAGGAGAAAAUAAUGAAUUAAGAAUGCACAAUCUGAUACGAGACUUUGGCAGGGACAUUAUCAAGAGAAAAGUUAAUCAUAAGCGCUGCAGGUUUUGGAAUCACAGUGAUGCACUUGAAAUUCUAGACAAUCCUAAGGGUUCUGAACGUGUCCAAGGCAUUGGUCUCACAGUUGAAGAGGGUCCCGUCGACAGUUUUGAAUGUGAAGGGUUUCGUGAAAUGCCGAAUUUGAAGUAUCUCAGACUGGACCGGGCCAACAUCCAGGGAGAAACUAAGAAUCUUCCCCCAAAUUUGCGGUGGCUUGAUUGGCGAGAUUGCCAUUCCAUUCCUAAGCUACAUGAUAUGCAUUUGAAGAAGUUAGUCAUUCUAGAUCUGUCUGGGAGUGUGGUCCCCCGAAAACAAAAAAUCUGGAGUCAAAUCAUGGAGAAGGUGAAGGAAUUGAAAGUCUUGAAUCUACAAGGAUGUCGUCUGUCAGGUGCAUCAUUGAAAUUUCAAGCUCCAAACCAUUUGGAGAUAUUGAUACUGGAAGAUUGUGAUCAGUUAUCUGCAAUUGAGACAUUCAGUAAACUGAAGAAGUUGAGGUCCUUGAAUUUGAUAAAAUGCAAGGGAGUCAAGCAGUUGCCCCGAGAGCUGCAUCGUAUGGAAUCUUUGACGGAACUUCUGAUUGAUCAAACUGACAUCAGAGAAAUUAAUAUCCUGAAUGAUUCUUUGAAGGAGCUUGAAAAUCUUAGUGCUUGCUGCUGUCAACGUUUAGAAUAUAUAUCCCCAAUUGCCCACCUAACGAAACUCAAAAGUCUUGCUCUGGAUGAUGCUAUUAAAUGGGGUCCGGAAGAUUUUGAAUUUCCUCCGAAUCUUCGGAGACUUUCCUUAAGGAAUUGUUCGAUGUUCAAAAAACUUCCAUCUUCCAUCGGGGAGCUAAAGCAGCUGGAGGUAAUGGACCUUUCACAUACUACAAUCACAGAACUACCAAAGUCAGUCAAGGAGUUGAAAAAUUUGAAGACCCUAAAGAUGGCGCACACUCACCUAGAACAAUUUCCGGAGGAUAUUAUGAAAUUAGAGAACCUGGAGGAGAUAGAUUUCUCUUCCUGCACAGCUUUGGGGGGCAAGAUGUGUUCCGGUACUUCAAGACUACCCCCUUUGAGAUUUUUGAGCUUAGCAUCAUCCAAUUUGGCUGGGCUGUCUACGACUACGAGCAAGAGCAUUGUCCGUCAUUGUCACCGCCUCCAAGCCCUUGACAUACUUGAAUGUAACCAACACACACUACCAAAGUUGCCCACCAGUUUAGUUAUUCUCCGCUGGGGAUCCAAAAAUAUGAGAGUCACCGACUUGUCAUAUCUGACAUAUCUAAAAGAGCUCUGCUUGAGAGAUAUUGAGCAGCCGGGGUCAUUGAAUCAAAAGACCCUACAUAUAAAGUGGAUCUUGAGAUUAACAAGUCUAGAGUCCUUGGAAUUGUCUCUUCGAAAUGUCUCCAAACUCCCCGGGAAUUUUUGUGCCCUCACUCAGCUCCGGGAACUCACUUUAUCCUACAUGGAGGAGCUAGACUUCACACAACUUCCCUCGUCCUUAUGGACUCUGCGUCUCAAACGCUGCAAGAUUCCAGAGCCAAAUUUUUCUAGUCUGAAACAUCUGUCAGAACUAGAACUAGAGGACUGCGAUUUAGCACAGAUUGAUGGUCUCGAAGAUUUAAAGCUUUUGGAAGUCCUGAAAGUUUUUCAUUGCAACCGGAUAAUAAACCUUAAUGGGCUCAGAGAUUUACAACGUCUCAGGAAGGUGCAAGUUUACCCUUUUGAUGCUGACAGAUUAUCAGAAUUACGCGAACGUGGAUGUGAAGUGGACACUUGUCUCCCGCCUUCUUCUCGGUCUGUGGCUGGAUAGUCUCUGUCCUGUACGAACUACCGUUGAACUUUUGAGUCUUCGACAUGACAUCUCCUAGUCUGAGAAACCGGGUGGCCACCUCUCUAAGGGCCACAAAAUACCCCGGGCAAAGUCUUCUCGUCAGGUGAUUGUCAGUGGCAUCAAGAAUCUUGCAUCAAAACCAUUGCCGAAGCCUUAGGAUGCAUCAUCCAAAGGCCAUCCGCUGCCUCUCAGCUCUUCAAUCACGAAGAAAGAGAAGACGAAGAAGAAAAACAAGAUGCAGCAUCCGUGUGCAACGUUGCGAGGACUUCACGGACGUGAACCAUCACGGGCCUUCACUAUUUUCAGCUCUGCUAGUGAGAUUCGUCCUCAACACCGCCUUCAAGUUUUGCUUUUAUUCGUUUCAGUUGAUCAAGUCAUCGGGUUCCGAAUCUCCAGGAGUUCAUUAUAGGAUGGCGAAGCGAAAAUGAUUUGAUGGAGAUCUAAUUAGAAGGAACUACAAGAGAGUGUGCUCGUGAUCGUGAAAUUGAGUAGGAUGAUUGCGAUGUUGAAAGAGAAAGAGGGAGAUGGGUCUUUGAAUUGAUCUGCUGCAUGGAAAAGGAUACUUUUCAUCCAUCGUUCUCUUCUCUUCUUCUUAUUCCAUUUUCUUCCCUCUCGCACCUCUGAAUAGAAUCCGAGUUCAUGGUGAUGGGAAGCAUGCUCUGUAUUCAUCUAUACAUCUAUAAAUAAUAACAAAGCAUGGAGAACAGAGCUUUUUGUCGAG